AGAUCAAAAUAUAUUUUCUCUUCAUUAUGGCCAAAAGAAAUGAAGCAUUCCGUCAAAAGCUAUUACUCUUAAAAAGCUCUGCUUUGGUCAAGACUCAGGAAGCAAGAAAAUCGGAAAAUGGAAGAUGAAAACCUAUCAUUGUACGCCAUGAUCCUAUCGAGCUCCUCUGUUCUUCCCAUGGUUCUAAAGACAGCCAUAGACCUUGGCCUAUUCGACAUAUUAGCCGAAUUUGGCCCUUCUUGUUCCCUCUCUGCUUCUCAGAUCGUGUCUCUCUUGUCUACUCAAACACAACAACAUCAUGAUUCAAGCUUAAUCAAUCGUAUUCUUCGAUGCCUAACGAGCUAUUCCAUACUCACAUGUUCUGUUUCCACUGACCACGGUGAGCCACUUGCGGUCUAUGGUUUAGCUCCUGUUGCCAAGUACUUCACCAAGAACCAAGAUAGAUCUGGCUCGUUGGCUCCGUUGGUGAAUUUGUUUCAGGAUAAGGUCGUGAUGGAUAUCUGGUACAACCUGAAAGAUUCAGUUCUCGAAGGAGGGAUUCCAUUCAACAAGACUCAUGGUUCGAGCGCGGUCGAAUUGGUGGGCAGAGAUUCAAGAUUCAGAGAAGUGUUCCAAAGCUCCAUGAGAGGUUUUAAUGAUGUUUUCAUGGAAGAAGUUAUGAAUAAGUACAUGGGUUUUGAUGGUGUGACGUCAUUAGUUGAUGUUGGUGGUGGAGAUGGAUCGAUUCUCCGUAAAAUAAUCUCCAUGCAUCCUAAUAUCAUCAAAGCUAUUAACUUUGAUUUGCCUUCUGUUAUCAACGCUUCAUCAGCUUCUCCAGGCAUUGAGAAUGUUGCUGGCGACAUGUUUACAAGCAUUCCUAAAGGAGAAAACAUUUUGAUGAAGUGGAUUCUCCACGGCUGGGACGAUGAACAUUGCGUGAAGAUACUAAGCAACUGUUAUCAAUCGUUACCGUCAAACGGCAAGGUGAUUGUGAUCGAUAUGGUAAUCCCGGAUUUUCCAGGAGAUACACUCUUAGACAGAAGCGUGAUUCAGUUUGAGUUGUUCAUGAUGAACAUGAACCCAUCAGGGAAAGAAAGAACAAAGAGAGAAUUCGAGAUUUUAGCUCGCCGUGCUGGAUUUUCUAGUGUACAAGUUCCACUUACAUCUCUCUGUUUCUCAGUUCUGGAAUUCCUCAAGAUUGCGUGAUAUGUUUUUCAUUUAAUUUA